AUGCCGCAAACAAGGAUCGAAGUUCAGUCCCCGACAACCCACCUCGAUGCACCCUGCUACAUAUGCAGGGUAAAUGAAAUGACUGUUGCUGGUCAAGUUAUUUCGACAAACCCUGCGCCGGAUAGUUAUGUCCCAACCACCACCACCUGGUGUGAGCCAGGUGUCAACAUGAAAGUGUAUAUCGAUGCCCUAUACAGGCUUCGACGCAGGAAUUCAAUGACCUCAAACACCAAAGAGCAUGUCCUUCCGGCCAUCGAUGUUGAUGAAGCCGGCGAGCCAGAUCAGCAAAAGGAGCUAUCUAGAGAUGGCGAAUUGAAUUAUAUUACCGGCUGGGGUUUGAGCUUCAUUUCGAUCGGGAUGGCCCUGAGCACUUUCCUCGUCAAUCUUGAAAUUACCAUUGUUAGCACUAGUCUUGUUUCAAUUGCCAACGAUCUUGACGACUUUGGCCCCACGAGCUGGAUACUUAUCAAGCUUGCAGGUGGGCUCGUUAUCUGGGCGAAGCUUAGUGACCUUUUGGGACGCAAACCGAUAUUCGUUGCAUCCCUAUUAAUAUUUGCCGCAUUUUCAGGAGGCUGUGGAGCAGCGCAGACAAUGACCCAACUGUACCAAUCCAUUUCAUUCUGGGAUUUGAUCGCUUAUACUAAUAUACUGAUCAGAAUUGUUUGCCGUGCUUUCCAGGGAAUAGGAGGUGGUGGGAUUUACGCACUAAUAAUGGUCAUGCUCUACGAGCUAGUACCACCGCCUCGGUAUCCAGCGUAUGCAGCUUUAUUGACCACGAUGGUUGCUUCAUCCUUUGCACUUGGGCCGGUAUUUGGGGGUCUUAUACUAAGAGGAGCUUCUUGGAGAUGGGUAUUUCUCUUGAAUGUACCAGCUUCUGCUAUAGCAACGGGAAUCAUUCUCUUCGCCGUCCCGCGGGACUUCCCUAACCAAGGGAGAAGCCGGAGUCAAUCACCGAAACCGGGAUUGGCAGCAGCUGACUUCACGGGUGCUAUACUUAUGGUAUCAACGUUGGCAUUACUCAUCGUGGCAUUUGAAGAAGCCGCUUCCAACUUAUCUUGGACGAUUCCUACCUUUAUCGGGCCCCUGUGUGCCGCAGUCAUUACAUUGGCGGCAUUUAUGAUAAGCCAAUGGUAUGCUAGCCGGCUAAGCUCCGUCGUGGAGCCUGUGCUGCCAUGGCACUUUUGCCAGAGCAAACUCAUCGUGGGUCUUUCAUUAAGCUCGUUUAUGACGGGAGCUGUCAGCAUUACAUGCAUAAUCCAAAUUCCCAUUCGCUAUCAGACAGCGGUUGGCGGCACCCCUCUCCAAGCUGGCAUUAAGCUCAUCCCUCUUGCAUUGAGCCUUGUUUUCUUAUCUCGUGGAUCGCCCAGUAACCCCGAUUGGCGGGGUCUUAAUGGCAUUGAGGUGGUUAUAGGACUGGGAACGGGCUGCAAUAUUGGAACGGCUGCUCUUCUGACUCCGUGGACCGUGGAAAAGAGAGAUAUUGGUCAACAGAAGCCAUCAAUGACCUCCCUGAAGACCUGGAAGCGUUUGUGA